AUUAUAUUUAUUUAUUGUAGGAGUCAAAAUUUAUUUAAAUUAAUGCAAAUAAUCCUAUAAAUAAAGUCGUGUCUAUCUGGAAGUCUUGUUAUUUUCGGUUUCUAUCUUUUUUUCUCUCUCUCACACACAAAUUUUAUGUUCAUUACAGUUUCACGUCAAUGAUCUUGAAUCUUUGACUACGCCAGAGUCGAUUCAGUAAUUGCCAACUAUGGCAGGGAAGAUCGCGAUAGAGUCGGCUGUGGUGGCGGCGUCUUUGACGCGGAGGCAACCGUUGCUGAUUACGACACCAAAGACGAACGGUGGAAGUAAUCGGAACGAUGAGAACGGCGAUGGUGAUGGGAGUCACCGGGGAAGUAGAAUAGGGGAGACGGCGGGAGAGUGCGCCGCCGUUUGUUGCUGUUGUCCAUGCGCCAUGAUGCACCUCCUGGUCCUCGCGAUAUACAGGCUCCCCAAGAGGCUAUGCAAGAAGGCCUGGAGAGAAAAGAAGGGGAAACAAUUACUCAAAAAGAAGAGGAAAAAUUCGUCGUUGGAGGAAAAGGAAAAUCAACGGAAAAUUAGAACUCGAUCACAUAUGAAUAUGUUUGGAUUCGAUUCCGAUUAUGAUGAUGAACCGACGUCAGACGGUCGAGAUUAUAGGAACAGUGAAAAAAACGAAGCAAUUGAUUGGGAUAAAGAGAUGUGGAAUCGAUUUGAUGAGGCUGGAUUCUGGAGAAGUGCUUCUCAAAGGGCUGAGAAUGAUUAGUCAUUUGUCAAUUUACUUUAUGUGCAGAAACAUCUGAAUUUGGGGCCGUGCGUUAUGAUUUUUAGUUGGGAAAAUUGCAGCAACACUCUCUAACCUUUUAAUUUUUUCGUAGAUUUUACCUUAACUUUCAUUUUGUGUCAAUAGAGAUUUCUAACAUUUUAUAAAUAUGCACCCGAGAUCCAUCUAGGCAAGAAUCGUCCAAAACACCGUCAGUUGAUCGGGAAAAUUAAAAAAUCAAUAUCCAAUAAAAUCGUUCAAAACACAGUCCAAAAAUAUCGUUCAAAAAGGUAUCAACAUUCAAUAAAAUCGUCAUGAUAUUGAUAGUUCAAGGAUUUUUUUCGAUCAACUGAUGGUAUUUUGGACGGUUUCCAUUUAGAUGAAUUUUGUUCAUAUUUAUGAAAUAUUAUGGACUUUCGUUGGCACAAAAUGAAUGUUAAGAUAAAGUUUACAAAAAAUGAAAAUAUUAGGGAUCAUUGCUACAAUUUUCCCUUUUUACUUUUGCUCGUAAGUGAGUUUUUUGAGGCAGUUACCACAAUUGUCUCUUAGAGAAAGUUACGCGAGAGUAGUUUUUUUCUAAAAACUCGUCUAUUUGAAAGAAGCAAUUUCAUAAAAUUAAUCAAACGAAUCCAAAAAUAUCUUUUGUUCUCACAAGUUCAUUGUAACUUUUCAAAAAUCAUGCAAACUAGUUUUUCAUAUAUGAAUUGUGUUACAGGUACAGUUUAUUUCACAACUAUAUGACAGUCCUCUCACGUGGGAAAGUGGGGCUCACGAUUAAAAUAAUAACGGAUCCCACAUUUGUGAGAGGGCUGUCAUGCUAGCUGUACACUUGGCUUUUCCUUCA